CCAUUUACUUUUCAUCACCCAUAGGUUUAUCUCAAACACUUAAAUUAGAGAUUAAGUUACGUUUAUUAGUGGAAGAUGGUAAUGAAUCUUUCAAUUUCAAACAAGACGACGGUUGUGAGGUUAAUCAGUUUGUUUUGGGAAAACACUAAUUAGGUGUGUGACAUGAUGGAAAACCCUCUGCACAUGAUGACUUUUCAAUUUUCUCAUUCUCAUCAUCCUCCUUCUUCUAUUUAUCAUCACCCUGCCAAAUAUCUUCACAUCACCAACUCUCACCAAACCAUGCUCCUUCCGUUUCAUCACAUGAAUCGUAUUGCUAGUAAUUUUACGAAAACACAAAAAACGUGAUGAACCAAAAAUAAGUUAGUUAUAGAGAGAGAAAGUUAGUGAGAGAAACCAAAAAUAUUCACCAUGCCAUUUACCAAACGAGUUUCAGAUUUUGAUUGGCGAUUCGUCGUGUUUAUAAUUUUUCCAGUUUCUCUGGUUAUUUUCUUCUCUUUCAAUUUAAACACCUUUUCAUCUUUUUACCCGGUUCAGAAUUUUCUCUUCAACCUUCCUUUUGGUGGUGGCGGUGGUGUUCGGAAAGAUGAGUUGCUCCGGUCGAGAAUGGCAGUGUGUUUGGUCGGCGGUGCGCGGAGGUUCGAACUCACCGGACCUUCCAUAAUACAGAAUAUACUCAAGGAGUACCCGAAUUCAGAUCUCUUCCUGCAUAGUCCGUUAGACAAUGACGCAUUCAAAUUCUCGCUGUUGAAGUCUGCGCCGAACGUCGCCGCCGUGAGAAUCUUCCACCCUCAGCCGUUGCCGGAGAACGAGUCGUAUGCUCGAGUCCUCACGGCGCAUAACUCGCCCAAUGGCAUCCAGGGACUUAUUCAAUAUUUUAACCUCGUGGAAGGAUGCUUAACCAUGAUAAAAUCACAUCAAGAGAGAAACAACUUCACGUACGAUUGGAUAAUCAGAACUCGAGUAGAUGGGUAUUGGAAUGCUCCAUUGAGACCUGAAAACUUUGUUCCGAGUCAGUACCUGGUCCCAUCCGGAUCCUCAUACGGUGGACUCAACGAUCGUUUAGGAAUUGGCGACCUUAGAACUUCAACGGUGGCCAUGUCACGACUCUCUCUCAUUCCCGCUUUAGACUCUGCCGAUUUCACGGAGCUCAACUCCGAAGCAGCCUUCAAAGCCCAACUCACCACGCAGAAGGUGAGCUACCUCACAAACCGCCUCCCUUUUUGCAUCGUCUCGGACCGGAGCUACGAUUUCCCGCCGGGCCAGUAUGGCGUGCCGGUGGCGGCGCUGUCGAGCCCCGGUCCGCUGAGCGGAGCAAAGUGUCGGCCGUGCAGGCCAGUUUGUACGGGCAAAUGCGUGGAGGAGGUGAUGGUGGUGGUUGAGAAGGGGUGGAGUUGGACCGAUUGGGGCGGCGGGGCACUUGAGCUUUGCAAUGCUCAUGAAAGCUGGGAAAACGGUUGGGAGAAGAUUUUUGAUAGUGUUGCCGGAAAGAAAUUUGCGGCGACUAGGAAGCGAGUUCACUCUAUGAAAUUUGAUGAAUGCGUUAAUGAUUUUAACGAGUUCAGAAAACAUGCUACUUAUUGGGAUGCACCUUCUGUAGAAGAAAUUUGUACAUUAGGUUUGAAACGAAAUUAGAUUAGAUAUAUAUAUAUUAUUUUUCUCUUGAUCC